GACAACGGAAGUGUGAGUGGAAACAGCACACGUGUUUUCUUGUAGGUUUCUGAAGGUUAAAGAAGCACCGGUUUCUUGUUGUUGGCUGUCCGUUGCAGAGGGUCACCAGGACGGCGUGUUUGUGGCUAAAGCCGAGCGUGAGCAGGACUAAAGCGUAGACAUGGAUCCCAUGAAGGCACAGCAGCUGGCGGCGGAGCUGGAGGUGGAAAUGAUGGCUGACAUGUACAACCGAAUGACCAACGCCUGCCACAGGAAGUGCAUACCGCCACAUUACAAGGAGGCUGAGCUGACAAAGGGCGAGUCGGUGUGCCUGGACCGCUGCGUGGCCAAAUACCUGGACCUCCACGAGAGGCUGGGACGCAAGUUGACAGAGCUCUCCGUCCAGGACGAGGAGAUGAUGAGGAAGGCAGCCGUGGGGAGCGGAUAGAGACGCUGACGAAAGGAACCAAGUAGAGCAUUGUGGGGGGGGGGGGACUCAGAAGAUCAUGGGGUGGGGUGGGGUCGGCAUAUCUGAUUUCUCAAAGAUGAGAAAACAAGUGGGUGGGUUCGUUGGGGAAAUAAAAAAAAGUUUGGUGUUGAGUGUCCACUGAGAGAAACUGCUGCCUCCUCUACUACAGUAGAGGAUGAGACAUUGGAUGGGGCUGGAGAACCUGCUGGGGUCGACAACACAAGGACUUCUUGAAACCGCUCACUGCUCCACCAGCCUCUCUGGAUGUGUCCGAGUAGGUUUACAUUCAGCUUAGCGUGGUCCUCAAGACGUCACCUGAAAAUUGACUGGAAAGGAGAAAGGACAUGUAAUGUAAUAUUAUUUCCAAGUCAUGCUUUUGUGCUUGUUUUUAAGCUGCUUGGAGUGCUUACGGGUACUGCAGAAACUCCAAUACUUUGUUAAAGCUUUGUGGUACCAGCCGUCUGGUACUCGUGGCAGGUUAAAAACAAACACUAAGAAUGAUUAGCAUUUAGUCUUAAUCACCCAUUCAGCUCGGGCGAUUUUGGUUGUUUUAUUUCGAAAGGGGUUGAAAGAAAAACAUGGGCUCUCUUCAUAAGGUUGCAACACAAGGUGGUAUUUAGGUAGCUAUAUUACAAUUACAAGUUGUCUGUUAUGCAGAUGGGGUAGUGUCAGUUCUUUACAAAACAUUGAAAUACAGUAAGUCAAAUACAUAGAUCAGGGCAUGCCCUGAAUGAAUGAUGUAUGGCAGUAUGGUUUGUCUUUUUUUAUACAAGACACUAUUCACAGUUUACUCUCUUAUCAGCCCUGGACGGUGCAGUGUUGGCUUUGCACGUAACAACUCUUGAUACUGACUGCCAUCCAGGCCAUUCUGGCUACAUGGACUUAUGUUGAAGAUGGACUGGAGUCAUUUGUCAUGCUUGUGUACACUGUGUUGUGCUGUAUGUCACUGGACCAUGUUUUUAGCUGUGAUAGGUUGUUUUUAUUUUUUUUCACGUGCUAAACCACUGUCAGAGACUCAGCUUUUUAUCUGCAUAUUGGAGAAGCUGCACAGUGUUUUGCUGUUACGUACUCUAAUAAAGCAAUGUCAUCCUUCUCACUU